AUGGUUCACCCGGCGGUCAGGCAUAACUACCAAGUUGUCGAUCUGACAUCUGACGAUGAGAACGAUGAGUCCACAGACGAUGAAGUCGCAUUUUACAACGCACGUUUCGUCGGAGAGCCGACUGACGAUGAAGAAGACCUUGGUCUUGAUGACCUCCAUGCGUACGGACAUCCUGAACUCGACCGUCGAGAAAUCAUCGACUUGACUGCUAUUCCCGACGUCAAUGUUUCACCGUCUGAUUUCAGCCCACACGUAGUUGAGGAUGCUGAAACUACUGAGGUGAGGGUUGAGGCGGAGCUCAUCACCGAAGCAGUAUGCCUGCAGUUGGUCUUAGAUGUAUUUCCGGACAUCUCGGUCGAUCAUGUUCUUACAAUGAUCAAGGACAGAACCACAGACCAAACACGGGUCAAGGAGCACAGUGAACGAAUUGUCAAUGAGCUCCUAGAAGGCACCUACCCCAAAGAGGCAGAUGCGGCAAGCAAGAAGAGGAGGAGAGAGGACAUGGAGGAGGUUAGCGACUACGAGAAGGACGAGCGUGAUCCAGGGAUACUCAGUUAUGAGACAGACGCUACAAAUUUACUCAAGGACGAGUUUCUUAACAUCCCGGCUAGGCACAUCAUAAACACGCUCAAACAGCGGAAGACGCUUUAUAAAGCCUACAUAACCCUUGAGAGGGAAGUUCGCACGUACCAGCAAACCGCACGUGUUUUUGUGAAACCUCCGAGGCCUCGCAAUAAACGCAGCGCUGAACUUGUACUGAUCGAGCGAGGGAGCCGACUUCCAAAGGAGCUACGCGCCGCGAAGAAGAAGAUUGAAAACGAGGCUGUUAAACGACGUAAAGUGGAAGAGACGAAGCAAGCUGAAGAGGCCAAUCUCCGGCGAGCAAAGAUGGACAACCAAAUGGGCGAAUGCCAGUGCUGCUUUACAGAAUAUCCGCUCAACCGCAUGAUCAGCUGUAGUGGGAAAGACAUGCACCUUUUCUGCAUGGACUGUCCUAAGCGAUACAUCGAGACUGAAGUGGGUCAGUCGAAAUGUCGACCUGUAUGCUUUGCGAGCACAGAUUGCAAUGGCACAUUCUCUCGCCAGCAGUUGCAGCAGGUUCUCAGCGAAAAGACGUUCGAAAGACUAGAGCACUUGCAACAGCAACAGGAGCUCGCGCUCGCUGGUCUUGAUUUCUUGUCCGAAUGCCCGUUUUGCGACUUCAAGGCGGAAUGUCCACCAGUGGGGGUAGACAAAGAGUUCCGUUGCCAGAGCACGAAGUGCGGCAAGACAAGCUGUCGACUUUGUGACAAGGAAACUCACAUUCCACUUAGCUGCGGGGAAGCCAAGAAGGACGGACAGCUUACGUUACGGCACGUUGUCGAGGAGGCAAUGUCGGCGGCUCUCAUCCGAAAGUGCAACAAUUGCCAGCAUCCUUUUGUCAAGGACUACGGCUGCAAUAAGAUGAGCUGCUCACAUUGCGGAAACAAGCAAUGCUACAUAUGCUCGAAGAACGUAAACAACUACGAACACUUUGGCGAUAUCAACAAAGGCCGAUGUGCGCUCCACGAUAAUGUUGAGGAUGUCCACGAGCAAGCGGUGAAGAAGGCAGCCGAUGAAGCCAUGACUAAGGUCAAGGCUGAGAACCCUCACUUAUCUGAUGCGGAUCUGAUGAUUCAAGUCUCAGAUCGUGUCAAGCAAGCGGAACUUGCGCGUAGAGGGCGGGCUGCCGACCGAUUGAACGAGUUUCCUUUUGAAAUGGUUGGAGAUCAGCUUGCGCAUCGACCUGGGUUUCCAGGAGGAGCACCGUUGCCGCCACGAGCAGUCGUUCGGCCACCACCACGGUACGUAUUCCCUUUUCCUGACGUCGAAGAGUAUGAACGCCCAGUUCCGCCCGCUUUUGAAGAUGGAGCAGAAGAGGAAGAGCUGGGAAUUGCGUUGUUGAGAAUCCGUGGUUGGGACAUCUAUUUCGAAUCCACCCACCAAGAGAUUACCCUGAUUAUCAAAAUCAUCGUCAUCAGAACCCUGACUUCUUCAACUAGGCCCCUCGGUAGGAUCGGCGACGCACUCGGAGCAGCAUACAACGGCCUUGUCGCUGCCGUGGGCCUGCCAGGCCCUGGCCCCCUUGAUCCUGAUCCCUUUGCGGCACAGCAUGCACAAGGACUGCAAGUAAUAGCUCAGGCUCAGGCUCAGGCUCAUGCUCUUCGACAAGCUCAUGCUCUUCGACAAGCUCAUGCUAUUCAACAAGCUCAGCCUCAAGCCCGUGCGCACCAGUACUUUCAAGACGCCAUCAAUCCCCUGGCACCUAUAAACCCUGAUGCUCGAGCAGCGCAGAAUCGAUUCCAGCAACAACUUCGAGACGCAAAUCAACGAGCCCACAACGCGAAUAGAGCCCUCGACGGACAAAAUUUUCAAGCUCAGAUGGACCAAAUGAAUGCAGACCGGGAGGCUAGGCGCCAACGUAUGCAGGAUGAGACCUCUUCUGAACCUGCCUCAACCUGA